AUGGCGGAGGCUCUUUUAGAGGCAAAGGAUGUGGUAGAGGCAGAAGCCAUCCUGGAUGGACAAAUAGCCGCAGAAGUGGAGUGCAAUGUUACAAUUGUCAUAGAUGAUUACAGUCGGAUGAGUUGGGAAUAUUGUUUUAAGCUCAAAUCAGAAACUUUUCCAAGCUUCAAAAUAUUCAAGGCGUUGGUUGAAAACCAAUUUGGUAACAAAGUUGAGGUAUUUUGUACUGACAGAGUAGGUGAAUUUUUGACACAAGAGUUUAAGUUGUUUUGUGAAGAAAAUGGCAUUCACAUGAAAUUGACUUCACCUUACAUUCCGGAGCAAAAUGGGAUUGUCGAGCGGAAGAACCGAACUGUUGUGGAGAUGGCCAGGAGCAUGUUGAAGAUGGAAGAUGAAGCCUUUCCCAGUGAAGCAGUAAGUCAGCCUCUUGCAAAUGCACCAAGCCACUCUUCAGGAAAGUUCAGCAACAUCAGUCCAAGUGGUAACAGCUCAACAUUGAUGGUGCCUGACUCAAAAGAUUCCAAUGAGACUCCUCCACAUAAGUUUAGAUCACUUUUAGAUAUUUAUAAAAUAUGUACCUUUGCUUUAUUUGGUACAGAUCCGGCUAGCUUUAAGGAAGCUUCAACAAAAAUGGAAUGGAGAUGUGCAAUGGAAGAAGAGCUUAUGACAAUAAGGAAAAAUGGGAUGUGGGACUUGGUGGAUCUUCCAGAUGGGAAAAUGUUAUCGGAUUAA